AUGGCACCCACUACUCCGCUCAUGGUAGCUAUAUCCGACAACCCAGGCAUCAAGCACUGGAGUCUAUUUAUCGACACCGAGCAAAAACCAGACAAAACAAUCAUUCAUCUCCUUGGUGCUCGCCAGCGGUAUUUCCGGGAUGUCAGAAUCCGCUCUGAUGCACGAGAGUCGACUUCUCUCGUUGAACUUUGUCCACUUUUUGAAAUCGAAACAGCUAAGAUUGAGGCUGUUAAAAAUAUUGCUUGGGAAACCCCGGUUCGCAACGAGGAAUCAGACUAUAGCUGUCAGGAUUUCAUUCUUGAUGUGUUGGGGAGACUGGAAGCGGCGAAAAUUGUAGAUGCAGGAGAUGCCGAUUAUCAGAGGAACAAAGGUGUCGUGAGGUCAAAACGAGAGGCGUGGCAGUAG